CUUUUCAAGUCCCUCUUGAAGAUUCGAAAUCAUAGAAAAAGGAGACUUUUAGUCUCGACUUAUCAUAUCAGCUGGUCAACUGGUAUUACAUAUGCUUACAUAAAACGAUAACCAAUUCUGCCUCCGGAAAAUUGCCGGUUACAAUAAUUGCUGAUCUAGCAUGAGGGUCAUCUAUUUGCCCCCUCCAAGCACUCUUUUUGUUUCUCUUCCUCCCCCUUUCUCUCCUUCGAUCCCUAUAAAGCUUCAAUCGUUCUCGAUGAGGCUUCUUCUACUGUUAUUUUCCUUCGUUCUCGCAUUUCUCUCCAUCGCGUUCAAAGAUAACAUAACCACACAAUUUACAGCACUCACCAGUCUACUAAACCAAACAACAUUACCUACCAAGGCUUCCCACUCCGAAUCUUCAACCAAUAUUUCGAAUCCGCAAACAUGACAGCUGCUCGCAAGAUUGAGAAGUCAUUUCUGGCAAUCGAGCAAGCUGAGGGUGCAGGAGCUUGAGUCCGUCGCACCAUCGGCACAAAUAAUUUAAAACACUUCUCUCCCUUCCUCAUGCUCGAUCACUUCAAUAUUCCACCUGGAGCAGGAUUUCCGGAUCAUCCACAUAGAGGCCAAGAAACAAUCACAUAUCUGUUGGAGGGGGCGGUCGACCACGAAGACUUUACAGGAAGUGCGGGCACAAUUUAUGCGGGGGAUCUACAAUUCAUGACGGCAGGUAAGGGCAUAGUUCAUGCAGAGAUGCCCAACCAGAAUCAGCGAGCGAACAUCGGAAUGCAGUUAUGGGUUGACCUCCCGGAGGAAGAUAAGAUGUCCGAACCACAAUACCGAGAUUUGAAAGGUUCACAAAUACCUCAUGUCGAUGUCGAUGGAGGCAAAGUCAAAGUAAUCAUCAUCAAGAGUCAUAGCCAUGGAACUGAUAGUUUGCCGGAUUUCCGACCAACAAAAACCGAGAUUUCUAUGCUCGACAUCGAAAUAAAGCCCGGUGGAAAGAUCACCCAAAAAGUAGAUGACAAUUGGAAUGCAUUCGCAUAUGUUCUGGGAGGAGAUAUACGCUUUGGUGAAGGAGAAGACAAGACAGUUAUUGGCCAGUACAAUUUUGUCAAAUUCAAACAGGAGGGAGAUGUAGUGGUUGCGGAAGUCGAUGAGAAUGCCACCGAAAGUGGUCGCUUUAGUAAGUUCCUAUUUCUUCUGAUGUUUGAAAUAUUCCCAAAGAGGUUCAAGAGAGGCUUUGAUUCCGAAAGGUAGAACCUAUGGAAGUCUAUUGGGUUCUAGCUUUGGUGGUGGAGCUCGCUUAAUAAACCACAACGCCUUCCUGUGCUCCCAGUGAAGCACCCUUCAAAAAAAAUUCAUACACAACGUGAAUGAGGCAAAAAAAGGGAAACGUCCAUGGGCGUUAUCUUGCGUUCGCCGGGAAUCGAACCCGGGGCCAAUGCAUUUAGAUCUCUCGAGUUAACUCGUGAAAUUGGCAAGCAUCGAUUUUACCACUAAACCACAAACGCUGUUUCUUUUUAGUUGGAAGAUAUCAGAUUAUCCAAGUCAAUAUUCCCAUUUGUGGGGAGUUUAUUUCCGCGAGAUCAGCCCGGCGCUAGUGCGUUUGUGGAGAAGCACAAAAGUCUCUCUUCAGUCGGCUACCACGAACCCUUACUAAUGCUUGGCCGCCUCUAGUUCUUGUAGCCGGAAAACCCCUCGACCAAACGGUUGUUCAAUAUGGUCCUUUCGUGUUAACAACCCAAGAAGAUGCAUUGCAAGCUGUUUCAGAUUACCGAGCUUCGAAGAAUGGCUUUGAGCGUGCCUGGGGAUGGAGUAGUAAAAUUGGAAGGACAAGGAUACUUUGAGCUUUGGAAGAAGUGCUCUUCCAUAGGCAGGACAUGUUUAUAACGAUAGACUAAUUGCAUUCAUGGGGUUUGGGGUACCUAUCCAAUAUUGGAAUGGUUCAAGCUACUAUAAGACAAUGUUCGGCCAUAAAAGAAAAACAAAUUCUUCAAAACAAAU